AUGAACGAAGAGUUGCAAACAGCUGUCGACAGUAUCACAAAAGCAUUCGAAGUAGACAAAGCAUUCCUUCGUAAAGCAACCAGUCAUUUCCUCAGCUCCAUGGAUGCUGGCCUCGCGUACGAAACCCCUGCCCGUGAGUAUAUGCCUAUGAUCCCCACUUAUGUUACCUCUAUUCCUUCAGGCAAGGAAAAGGGUCUAUUUCUAGCUGCUGACCUUGGUGGAACCAACUUUCGAGUGUGCUCAAUCAAUUUGAAAGGUGAUCACACCUUUGAUCUCGAGCAGGCCAAGUUUCCCAUACCCCUUGAUUUGAUGCUGGGGUCAACAUCUGAUGCUUUAUUCGCCUUCUUGGCAGGUAAGAUCAAGAGCUUCUUGGAAGAAAAGCACAGUGAGCUUAAAACUUCUGGCCCCGUAAAGCUUGGCUUCACCUUCCUGUUUCCCGUGGAACAAUCGGCUCUUGACCGUGGGAAAUUAAUCCGUUGGACGAAAGGUUUCGACUUGCCAGACUGUGUUGGCAGAGACGUCGUAGAAUUUCUCCAAAAACACCUCGAUAUUUUGAAAGCACCAGUUUCAGUUGUGGCUCUAGCAAAUGACACCGUGGGAACGUUGUUGUCCAGAGCGUAUUCAAACGAUCCUAAGAAGUCUGGAGCAAACACCGUGAUAGGUUGUAUCUUUGGCACGGGUACAAAUGGUGCCUAUUAUGAAAAAGUUUCAAACAUACCUAAAUUAGCCUCAUCAGCUUUACCAAAGGACAUGCAGGGGAUGGUUGUAAACACUGAAUGGGGAUCUUUCGACAAUUCGUUGGAUAUCUUGCCACGAACCAAGUUCGACGAGAUUGUGGAUUCUGAAACAUCCAAUAAAGGGUAUCAUUUAUUUGAGAAGAGAAUCAGUGGAAUGUUUCUUGGAGAGCUCUUGAGAGUUGCUUUGAUGGAAUUGUUUGAGAAAAAGUUGGUUUUUCAAGAUCUUUACAAGGAAAGGGGUGGUACAUUGCCUCACCGUCUUACUGAGCCUUUCCUUUUGUCAUCUGAGGUCUUAUCAUACUUGCAGAUUGAUGAUUCGACUGAUCUCAGAAUGUCCUCUCUUAUCCUUGAAAAUCAUCUUCGUCUUCCCACCACUUAUGGUGAGCGUGUGGCGAUUCAACGGCUUACACAAGCUAUUUCAAACCGUGCAGCUUGUCUCUCUGCAAUUCCAUUAGCAGCAAUUGUUAUGCGGGUGAAGGACCAGUAUGCAAACGAUCAAAACGAUUUUGAAGUGGGAUGCGAUGGAUCUGUCGUUGAAUUUUAUCCUGGAUUUCAAGAGAGGAUUCUCUCUGCCCUUGAGUAUAUCGACCCAUUAAAGGGAACAAACAAAAAGGUACACUUGAGAAUUGCUAAAGAUGGAAGUGGCGUCGGCGCUGCUCUAUGCGCUUCCACUGUCUGA